AUGGUCAUGGCCACAUUCCAUGAACUGCUCCAUGCCCUGGGUUUCUCUGGAUGGCUCUUUCAGACAUGGAGGGACUGUCUGAAUGAGGGCAAUCUUAGAGAGAACUGUUCUACAAAGCAAGUGACAAGGCGAGAUGAGUGGAGACAGCUGCUUUCCACCACAGCCUGGCCAAGCACUUGGAACUGUAGGAGGCUCACUGGGUGCUUCCUUGGAAGCAGCAGUGAGAAUGAGAACAGCUUAGGGUCAUGGAAGGAAGAGGGAGCAGUCAAGUGCUACCUCCUCCCGUGGGGCCCUUUGUCUUCACACUGGGAGGUCAACCACAGCACUGCAGAGGUGCUGUUUUGGGGCUGGGGCCUGGCCUGGAAUUUGGCCCUGUGA